CAUCUUGACAACGGAAGUCAUUUAUCAACUGCGCUCUGUUAUCGAACGAAGUGUAUUAUUUGUUGCUGGUAUCAUUGCAUAAAUUAUUGAAGAUUUAUAGAAUGGGUAAUUGCCCAUGCACCCCUAAACGCACAAGUGAUGUAGAGGUGGUGAUUGAAGAAUCGGCUAGCAGCCGAGAGGAUGCCCUUCAGAAUUACCAAUUUGACCCGAGGUGUUCCUUCUAUGACCCGAACUCCAACGACCCGGAUGUGUGGGUUAAAAUUGUUAUCAGAGAAAUGAGCAUCCGGUCGGUCGUUUCUGCAACUAGUGUUGUAAGUCCAGAUAAUAGAUAUGACAUUACGUCAAGUAUGACAAGCUGGCGAUGGAUGCCUCCAGAUACGAGCAGCUCAAGCUCAACGGAUUCCGACAUGAGCUCCACUGAAACGUCGUCGUCGGAGCGGACCGUCAACUCAAUUGUAAAAGAAGCUCUCGUACAAGCAGAACUCGAAUACUCGGACAACGUUGAAUAUUGCACUAGGGAUGUUUAUGAUAUUGUCCCAAAACGUCCCAAAGAUGAUGUUGAUGACAAUGCUGUUGACAAUAGCUGCGCCUGGUUUUGGUGUAAAACACACAGAGACGAGGUGAAAAUCGUUGAAAACCCGAAAUAUGUCCGCAGAAUCAAUAACGAAGUAACACUAAACGAAACAGCUCCAGUUUUUGAAUGUGAUCCUCACCUGCCGAACACAACAUGUGUUGAAAGCUACACGAGUAAAGAAAUUGAGAGUGUUGCAGACGCGUUGUCGGAUGUUCGGGACACCAGUUCAUCUCCCUUUCGGAAUUCCCUUGUCUCCUCCAAAUCUUCUUUCUCCUUGUGCUUCUCUGACGAAAGUAUUUCUCGAGAAACACAGUUACCCGUCGUAAAAAGUAACGUGACUGUCACUUCGUUUGUAAAAGAAUCUCACGUACAAGCAGAACUUCAAAAUGAUGACACUCAAUUAGAACCACCCUUCCAUAUUGAAGAUACUGAUGAAAAGUCGGAAAACGUUGACUAUCGCAAGGGGGAUGUUGAUGAGAUUGAUUAUGAUAAUAAUAACGAAGAAACACAAAAUGCAACAGCUGCAGUUUUUGAUCCUCACACGUUUAACGCAACAAGUGUUGAAAGCUGCAAGAGUCGGGAAAAUGAGAGUGUUGCAGACGCGUUGCCAGAUGUUCAUGUGGAAGAGAGCAGACGCAAACAGUCAAAAAUCGCAAAACUGUUAAAAAGAUUUUUUAGAAGAAAAUAAGAAGAAAAAGUAAAAAUAAAAUAAAAUAAGAAAAAAACAACUUAUCUGUUGAUUAGAUUUUUUUGAAGAAAGCCAAAAAAUAAAGCAGCUUUAAUAGAUUAAUAUUUUUCAGUUUUCGUGUUUGUGUUGUGACUUGAGUUUUGUUUCCAUAUUUUUAAUUGUGCAAAACGUUAAUAUAUAGCUGUUUACUGAUAAACCACUAUGGGAAAAACAUUUUAUUAGUGGCUUGAAGAAAAACACAGUUGUAUUCAAUAACAUAAAAAAUCAGGAACUAGGGUAAAAGUGCGACUAGUAAAUCGCAGAAGCUAGUGUAUGAUAACUCUUGAUUUAGCCACGUGCUUGAUCAGGACUUCACUUUAGUGUGUGAUAUCGAAAUUAAUGCCGGACCACCAAAGCAAUAUACGUUACAGCAGGAUAAUACAUUAAAAUACCGACAAACCGUUGGCUAGAUGAGCAGGACAUUCCUAACCCUGGCCCAUCUCCCGACCCCGGAAGACACCUUCCCGAGCACCGCCCGGACCCCCUGGAAUAAUUACCUGGCAACUGAGCAGCUCAUUACAUAUUCGAGACACCCUAACCCAUCCAAUGUAAGUAGGUCGGCAAUAAUGACAAAACCCGUAAUUGUGAAUUUAAACGUUGAAAUAAAUGAAAUUAUUCUCGUUUUGAAAAAUACUUUUUUUUUGUUUUGGUAUUAUGCAUGCUAUUUAGCAGAGGGAUUAUGGGAAUGAUAUAAUGUAGUUGAACAUUCCAAAAAGGUAAAAUUUUAUUUGUCUGUUUAUUUAAAUAAGACGGGCAAUACAAAUCAUUUAUAGCUCUGUGAAACGGCUAUUCAAUAGCAAGUCUUAUAUCGAAUUAUUUAAGUCGUGUUCUGAGAAAACUGGGCAUAAUGCAUGUACGUAAAGUGUCGUCCCAUAUUAUCCUGUGCAGUCCACAAAGGCUAAUCAGGAACGACACUUUCCGCCUAACUUGGACUUUUGCUAAGAAGAGACUUCCUUUAAACAAAAAAUGUCAUAACAGCGGAAAGUGGCGUCCCUGAUUAGCCUGUGCGGACUACACAGGCUAAUCGGGGACGACACUUUUCACACAUGCAUUAUGCCGAGUUUUCUCUGAACGCGACUCAUUUUGGUGUUUUGUUUGUUUUGCUUCAAUUAUGGUAUGUUUUAAUUGUUUGUUAUGUGUAGCAUAAUUGAUUUUUUAGAAUCGGGCAAUGCAUUUAUAUUGAAUAAUUAGUAUGGUUGAAAAUUCGCCACAUUAAAACUGUUUGCGCAAUAUAAAUUGUGUUUUGUUCUGUUCUGAAAGUUAAAAGUAACAAGUUGUUUUUAUUUUCUUUAUUUUCAGACGAUGACUUUUUAUCUUUCCGUUGAGUUGUGAUCGCCAAGAGGUUGAUCUCUGUUUCAUACCGAUUUUGCGAAACUUUGUCUUGUGCAUAUUUAUUUAAUUCAAAUUCUAUUGAUGCAAUUAUAUUUUUACUAGUGUAAGUUUUUAAAUUAUGUUUUCCCAAGAGCACAUAAGAUGCUAUUAAUGCUUGUUUUAUAUUUGAUUUAAUAUGGGAAAAUGAAAGUGACCAUGUGGUAUCUAUGCGGUUUGCUGAAAUAAUACCUCAUGUCUACCAUUAAAUACAUGAAAUUGGUGCUUAUUUUGUAGAUUUCUCUUAAAAUAAAGAGGUUUCGGGAGGAUGAUGAAGACAGACAAAGAGACAAAGAUAUUCAGCAAUGGGUUCUCAAUCGCCACACACCCUGCCAUUAAAAAAUGAAAAAUAAAUAAAUAUGAGAAAUAUGGUUUCAUAGUAUUUAGUACAUAUAAAGUAAUGUACAUUUCUCUGGAUUAGUGAUAGUGCAUACAUCGGUAUUGAAAAAAAACUGCAUGAUUUCUUUGCACGUAUGCGUUACUUGUGUAAGGCUUAUUAUGGUUCGAUGGUCUGAAGAUGAGCAGAGGCAAAUUUCAACGCACAGAACACCCAAAGCUAUUCGGGUAUAUUCAGGAUAAUCAUAAUGAUUUGAAAGAUGUUGUUGACGUGAACCAAUGGCUGUAAUUCCAUCUACACGGAUGGGGGAUAAUCGAGUGGUCAAUGAAGAGAGACCAACAAUCCAUACAGCGGGAUGCUGAUGAAACCACGAUGAUUGUGAUGCCAUCAGAAGACAAUGAACUGUUUUAAUGAUCGGACGACUGGGGAUCAGGCUUCGUAAACAAGGAAGCACGUGUUCCGGACACUUUGAAUAGGUACAUUGUUAUACUAAAUGGAACGUUGAUAGUCUUGAUGUUAGACAAAUGAAACACACCGCUUAAAGAAAUAGUGGUGGUAUUAAUUGUUGUGUUUUUUACAUAACAUACAUACUUAAUAAACAUAAUAUUUUCA